AUGGACACCUCCUUCCCCAGAGCCGGGUCACCCGUGAUCACCCCCAAAGCCCACUGCCUGACAGGGGGCUGCCCAGGAGCCACCACUAAGGUUUACAUCAUCACGACAAGAACAAGCAACGUGACAGCAAUCCCGUCCAGUGGUUCACUCAUAGCAACCCGUGACUACUACCGAAGGUGUCUGGGUUCCACUUCCUGCAACGGCUCCUGUGGGAGUGCUGAGUAUUCUGGGGAAGUGAUCCCCCAUCAUCCUGGUCUUCCCAAAUCAGACCCAGGCCACUGGUGGGCAAGCUUCUUCUUCAGGAAGUCGAAUCAUCCAAUUAUGACAACUGUAUUGGAAUCCCCAGAGCACUCAGGAACUUUCCAGGUUGCUCAUGGCACAAUCACCUGUGACCUGGCUCAGGAGGCCGUGAGGAAGCAGCAUGUCAGCGAGCCCAGCAAGACCAGCACUGGGCCUUCUGCAUGA